GAACUUUUACCACAAUGGCUUUUGCGUGACAGUUGUCACAUGUGCGAAUAUCGCAACUUUGAAAACAUUAGACGUGUACAAUAAAGAUCAGGGACGGCGAACUCCAAUUCCCAGAAACAAAAAGAAAAAAAUGAAAAAUUCUUACAUGUUUUAAAUGAAAUAUAUUUGUUAUAAAUAUUAAUAAUAAUUACAUUUAUAAAAAAAAUAUUUAAAAAAUGUACAAUAUUAUAAUAGUUAAAAAUAGUAUCCUUUUCUUAUUGUCAACUGAUCCAAUUAGUAUAUUAUAUAUGCUAUAUUAAUACUUUAAUUCACGGCCUGUUGUUGAUGAGUUUAUAUAUUAGUUAUGUAUUAGUUUGAGCACUUUCCGACGAGAUUAACAUGUUCGAAUAAUAAUUGUAUAAGUGUAGAUAAUAUUUACAACUGCGGCCCUGUCACAAGUCUCCCUCUGUUACGCAUUUCAACCCUUUUUUGUUUCCACUUUUAUUUAUGUGAGAUAGUUGCACCUGACAGUUAAAGCAAUCAUGCAUGUUGCACACAAUAUUAACGAUUCUUCUUUCGUUAUAAAACGUCCACGGAACAUUAAUCGAAAUAACAGGCGUCAAGUUAGCAAUGUCAAGCAAGAGUCUAUAGUUUACAGAAUGUGUUUCACACACGGAAGAAUUUAAAACGUCAGUCUUUAUGUGACUUUAUACUUUCGAACAUGUAUACCACCGAGAUAAUGAAAUACGCAGGUAGAUUUCGAAUGGGCAACUAAGCUUAAUCGUUUUACGCUGAAUGUUGCCGGUUUAUGGCCGAAUAUUCACGAAAAUGCCUCUAACAGAUUCUUAUCAAACUUGCGUGCGAUGUUUUUACUGUUCCUGCUCGUCUUCGUUGGCAUUAUUCCAGGAUUGCAUUCGCUGGUGAGAACAUGGGGUGACAUGAUGGCAACAAUAGACAACUUGCAAUUUACUUUACCAUUGUUGACCACAAUAAUAAAACUGGUGGUCAUAUGGUGGAAGAAGCCUGAUCUUGUGUUGGUGUUAAACACAAUUGCCAAUGAUUGGUCAAAUGUCAAAACCGACAAAGAACUGCAUGUCAUGACAAAACGUGCACAAAGUGCGCGUGUAGUUACUAUAUUUGGAUAUAUUCUUAUGGUUGUAGCAAUGUUUUUACUCAUAUGUCUACCUUUUUUUGGAACAUCAUUGAGAUAUAGGACAAAUAUAACGGAUCCAGAUAAAGUCUUACCUUUGCAAACCCAUUACUUCUACGACAAAGAUCAAAGUCCAUAUUACGAACUCACGUACGUUGCGCAAGCCCUUCUACUCUUAAUGUCUUCUGCAUCUUACACUGGCGUAGAUAAUUUACUUGGAUUAUUGAUAUUUCAUUUGUGUGGACAAAUGGAGAACCUUAAAGAACGAAUAAUCAAUACAAAACAAUUUAAUAACUUCAAUGGUGAUCUCGCUGUCAUCGUCAACGAACAUAUACGAUUAAUCAAAUUUUUUGAUAUCGUUGAAAGUACAUUUACUGUCUUAUUACUUGGUUUAUUACUAUAUUUUGGUACAUUAUUUUGUCUAUAUGGAUUUUUAAUCAUCGCAGUACUAACAGAAGGAAGAGAAAUGUCAAUGAUUCGUCUGAUAUAUCUUAUAUCCGGAGCGUUAAACGUUUGCGGUCACAUGUGUCUAUAUUGUGUAGUAGGAGAAAUAUUAGUAGCUCAAUGUGAAGGAAUAUAUCGUGCAGCAUAUAAUUACGAAUGGUAUAAGCUGAAUCCAGAAGAAGCGAGAUCUUUAAUUAUAAUAAUGAUUCGAGCCAACAAAACCCUCCAUAUUACUGCUGGAAAAAUGUUUCCUAUGACAUUAUCGAUGUUUUGCAAUUUAAUAAAAACGUCGGCUGGAUAUGUAUCUAUUCUACUUGCAAAACAAGGUUAAUUCAUAAAAUUCUUUUCCAAAUCUUGUCUAAGUGUUUUAUACACUUUGUUUACGUAUUACAUGCAUUUAGUAAAAUAUAUAUUUAAAACAAGUGCAGAAAAUAGUAUAUUAGGCAAAUAAUAUAGAUUUUGCAUCUAUGUUUACACACACACACACACACACACACACACACACACACACACACAC